AUGGCGUGCCCAUUCUUGCGAGAUGUGGUGGAUGAAGAAGCACUUGUGCUCAGAAGAGCCUUCAGGCAAGAGAGGGUCUUCAGGGACUGGUUGGACCCACUGGCCUUCCCUGAUGACCAUCUAUACGAAAGAUACAGGUUUUCUGCAGAUGGCAUCAGGUAUCUGUGCCGACUGCUGGGUCCCAGGGUUAAGCACCGCACAGCACGGAGUCAUGCACUGAGUGUUGAGCAAAUGGUUUGUGUGCUUGUGCUUUUUUGCUAGUGGAACCUUCCUGUACUCAGUGGGGGUGCAGAACAGCUACAGUUCAGUGCAGAACAGCUGAACAAGGCCACAAUUUGCCGCACAAUAAGGAGUGUGUGUCUGGCUAUUAAAGCAUUAGCAGAUGUCUUCAUCUCCUUCCCUGGCCACAGAAGACUCUGUGACAUCAAAGAGGAGUUCUAUAGGAUUGCAGGUUUCCCCAAUGUCAUUGGUGCACUGGACUACACACACAUAAGGAUAAAAGUCCCCUCAGGUGCCCAUGAGGCGGAUUUUGUGAAUAGGAAAUCCUUUCACAGCAUUAAUGUUCAGGUGAGCAAUGCUGACUGUGUGAUCAGCAAUGUUGUGGCAAAAUGA